CUCUCGGUUUCUGCAGCUGCUGCUUUGUAGCUGUUGUAGCAUCCCUGCGGAUAUUUCUGUAAGGACCAGACGGCACGAACGGUCGGGACAAUUUGGGCACUUAUCCUGAAACAUAAACGGCACGGUUUCUGCCAUUCGUGCUGGGUGUAUGCUCCUCCUAUUCACUGAGGACAGGAGAGGGAGAUUCAUUUCCGAGCCCUAAUUUUUACAAGGCUUGCACUGGCUGGUGUGAUUACGCGCUCUUGCUGCAGCAGAUAGAGUGGGAUCUCUAUUCUCAAAUGAUGCUCCAGGGAGGGGGGUAAACAUCUGCCAGCUCUUGCAAAUGGUUAUUUUUUUUCAUGCUCUACCACCGUUUCCGACACCGACAGCAACGAUUUUUGGAUCGGCACUGCAUUUAAAGGAGAGAUUAAACCAGAUUUGCGUACACCUCUUGUUUCAUAGAUGAACACAUCAUUAACUAAUAUUUUUUUACUCAUUUUCCCACUGAGAUCAUGAGAAGGCUUAGGCGAUUUGUCCAUCUUGUACUCUUUUGCCCUUUGUCAAAAGGUUUACAGGGUCGUCUUCCUGGUAUCAAAGUGAAAUACCUCUUCCUUGCUUGGCUUGGCAUUUUUGUGGGCAGCUGGGUGGUUUACAUGCAUUAUUCAUCGUAUUCUGAGCUUUGCAGAGGCCACGUAUGUCAAAUGAUUGUUUGUGAUCGAUACAAGAAGGGGAUAAUUUCUGGCUCAGUAUGCAGGGAUCUUUGUGAUGAAAAUGCCCUGGUGUUUCAACAGUGUCUUUCUUCAUCUCCAACCUACCAGGUGUACAGUGGCAUCUGGAGGGAAAAGGCAGUGACUAUUAAAUGUGGAAUUGAGGAAACUUUAAAACCAGACGGCAAUCCUGAGUCUGGACCUAGAAGAGACCUAGUUCUAUUUGAUAAACCAACCAGGGGAACAUCAAUGGAUGAAUUCAGGGAAAUGCUUCUUACUUUCUUAAAGUCUGAUCUUGGUGACCAGCCUUCCCUUUCAAACUUGGUGAACAGAAUCGUUAUCAUGGCUGAUAUUAACCAGGAUGGAAGAGUGUCUCUCGCUGAAGCAAAAUCUGUUUGGGCCUUACUUCAGGUCAAUGAAUUUCUGCUUAUGAUUUCCCUACAUGAGAAGGAGCAUAUUUCUAAGCUAAUGGGGUACUGUGGAAACUUGUAUGUAACAGAAAAAGUUCCCCAUGACUCACUUUAUGGUAUGGAGGUUCCUCAUAUUUUACAGCCAUUGUUGCCUUCAGCAGUUCUGAAGGUUAUUCACCAGUGGUUUGCACCAGCAUGGCCCAGAAGGGCUAAAAUCACCAUAGGUCUUUUGGAAUUCAUAGAGGAGAUAUUCCAUGGUACAUAUGGAAAUUUUUACAUUUGUGACACCAGUACAAAGUACAUUGGGUUUAAUGACAAAUAUGACUUUAAGAUGACAGACUUGAGGAAUGUUGUGACUGAAAUGGCCAUCAAGGGUUUUCUCAAGGGUCGGCACUGUGAGCAGAAUUCAGACUGCACAUAUGGUAAGGACUGCAUGGCAACCUGUGACAAACUGAUGAAACAAUGCAACAGUGACAUCAUCCAGCCAAAUUUGGCCAAAAUAUGUGGAUUGCUUCAGGACUAUUUGUUAUAUGGUGCCCCAGCAGAUCUUAAAGAAGAACUGCAAAAACAGCUGCGCACUUGCAGGACCCUGAGUGGGCUGGCAAGUCAGAUGGAGGUACAUCAUUCACUGGUACUGAACAAUGUCAAAAGCCUACUAUGGAAAAGAAUUUCAAAUACCAAAUAUUCAUAGACAGGAACAAAGAGGAGACAUGACUGGGUGUGCUGUAUUUGUUUUUUUAGGAUCUGUAUUAUAAUACUACAUGGUCCAAUAAUUAUUUCCCGUCUUUUCCACAGAAAGUUGUGGAUUAUGCUGUGUGACAAAAAAGCAUCAUCAGACAGUUUCAUUUCAGUGCACAUGUUUUGGACAUGCUGACAUAUACCUUUGCAUUUGCAGAAUAGUUCAGUAUUAUUCAUAAUAAAAAAAUAAAAUGUGUUUAUUGUCUCAGUAUUUCAUGGAAUAACAUACAAGCCAGUGUACUUAGAAUAUACAGUUGUGUUCUUCAUUCAGUCUAAUAAAUCACUGAAUAUUACUUAGUCAUAUAUGAGAAGAAUCCUGCCAGGUAAUCAUGGGAAAAUACUGUCAGUUUUUGUUAAGUCAUUAACACUUCAUUGAGGAUCACUGAAAUUAUGUAUAGUCCAGCUGCAUCCACACUCAUGAUCCAUAUUUAUUUCUGUGUGCAUUGUACCCCUUUUAUUUAUAAUGAUGAAGGCCAUAUACCUCAGAACAGGACUUUAUCCUGUCGAUAUUGUCUGUUCCUGCUGCUUGUCUAUAACUAAUUCUGUAAAUGUUGUCAUUAUGACAUGAUAAUUGUUUUCCGUGUAAAACUAAUAUCAUGAGCAUGUGACUUGUGCAUUAUGUGCAGCCAAGCAGUAUGAAAGAACAAGUCCCAACACAAAGCUUCUGUUUUUAAUGCCUUACAUUGAAUAAAGAGUGUGAUGAUAAAUGCAGAAAGAUUACAUAAAUAGGAUUUUGUUUAAAUAAUAAACUGCUCAAGUUUUCCACAA